CGCAAAUCCAAACGAGGUGUGGAAAAGAAAGGAAUAAGAGCUGACCCACCCUCUCUACCCCCCGCGCUCUCAAACCCCUCCGUCUCCCGCCCCCGUCUCCCUCGCCUUUGCACCUCCCUCCACCUUCCACCUUCAACUCUCCCCAAACCCAUCACCUCUCUCUCUCUCUCGAUUCUCAAUCUUCAUCCUCCGCCGCCACCGCCACUAAUCUAGAUCUCUCACCUCAUGUGGCUGCAGCGGUCAAAAUCCAAGGUUCACGUUCGCACCACACCACCAAACUUCUCUUGCUCCUCCUUCAAAGACAUCCAACACCUCUGCUCUGACGAUUUCAACAACUCCUCACAAUUACACGCCUCCAAUUCACCCCGAGCUUCCAUCUUCCACCGCGUCCGCAUCGCCAACUCAGUCCUCCGCGCCUGGUCAACUCGUCCCCCCAAUGCCUCACCCUCCUCCCCACCUCAACAACCCUCUCCCCUCCAAUCUCAGCCUCCGAUUCUCCUCCCCGGGGACCAGAAUCGCAUAGUCGUCUACUUCACGAGCCUCCGCGUGGUCCGCUCCACCUUCGAGGACUGCCGGACCGUCCGAUCGAUUCUCCGCGGAUUCAUGGUCUCGAUCGACGAGCGUGAUGUUACGAUGGACUACAAGUUCAUGGAAGAGCUACAGGGGAUCUUGGGAAAUCACAUCAAGGCCAAGCUGAUCUUGCCUAGGGUUUUCAUCGGCGGUCGGUACAUUGGCGGCGCCGAAGAGAUCAAGCAGCUCCACGAAGCUGGCGAGCUGAAGAAAUUAGUCGAUGGCUUGCCGCCGGCUGAGCCCGGCGUUUGCGAGGUCUGCGGCGGCUACCGAUUUAUCCUCUGCGACGAGUGUAGCGGAAGCCACAAAUGCUACUCUGAGAAAUGGCAGAACGUGUACCGCGUGCAACGAGAACGGUCUGAUCAGGUGCCCUUCUUGUUCUUGCGCUUCGCUUUCAACCGUCUGAUUAGUAUUAGUAGAGAAAAUGUUUAAAAAAAAAAAAAGAAAAAGAAAAAAAAAAGAGAAGAGAAGAUUAAAAGAAAAGAAAGUUAGAGCUUAUAUAAUAUUUUCUUUUUCAAGUGUUGUAAAUUUUUUUUUUUUUCCAACCUAAAAUUGAAUUAUUUUUUUUAGUUGUGUGGUUGUAAUAGUGUAAUUUUCUUAGAAUUGGGAGACAGGGUAAGCCAGGUAGACAUGCAACCAUUGGAGUGGUGCCCUCAAGUAUCCAUUAAAGUUUGUGGGAUUAAUUUUGGUCUUUAAAAAGUAGUACAUUAACAUGUGGGAAUGGAGGGGCCAUUCACAUGCUCUAAAGCUUUCUUUUA